AUGGAGGGGAAUAAAACCAACAAUGACAUGCCUCAAAUACUUCAGCUUCAGGUCCGACCCGGCUAGAUAGAGUAUGGCCUAACUCAGAUACCUCCUCUCCCUUUAGACACAAUGGACCAGAGAACCCCUCAGCUAGCUAUUAGGCAUUGAAUCAAUAGAACUGACAUUCCUGUUCAAAGCAAUAUUCACUAGGGGUUGUAAUGGCAGAAUACCUCAGAACACCACUGAGCCCUGGAGAAUCCAGCUCCAUGGUCUGAAGGGAUGAUGUCCAUUCUAUGAACUGUAGCUCUAUACCAGACAGUAGCAGGAGGGUCUGGUCUGUGGUCCCUCUAUUUAAAGCAGGUCUCCCACAUGGUGAUCAGGUUUCAACAGUCAGCUGAGAAAUGCCACCAGGAACUAGUUUAGACCUCCUAUUUUAGUCCUCUCCCUCCCCCCUCCCUCCCCCUCUCUCCCUCCUCCCCCUUUCUCCUCCCUCCCCCUCAUCCCCCCUCCCUCCCCUCCCUCCCCUCCCCUCCCCUCCCCUCCCCCCCCCCUCCCUCCCCUCUCCCCCUCCCCCUCUCUUAUCUGUAGGAGUUGACGUCAAAGUUAUAAUUACUUAUAAAGCUAUGGCAGUAUCUAACUUCAUAUUUCCAAUCUCUUUAGGCUGCUGAGGUGAAGAACAAGGACCUGGAGGAUAGGAUAGAGGGUCUUCAGGCUGACAUGGAGGACAGCCAGUCCAAGCAGGGCAACAUGAAGGGAGAGCUGAAGAAGUUCAUGGACGUCCUGGAUGGGAAGAUCGAUGAGCUGCAUGAGUUCAGGCAGGGCCUGUCCAAACUAGGGGUGGAUAACUGAGGGAGGAGGGGACAGAGGGAUGGAGGGUUUAUAAAUACCUUCAGGACAGGUCUCUGUGGAGCCACUCCCCCAAAGUAGAGACCACACUGAACCAGAGAGAGAGAGAGAGAGAGAGAGAGAGAGAGAGAGAGAGAGAGAGAGAGGAGAGAGAAGAGAGAGAGAGAGCUGAUAGAGAGAAGAAGAGAGAGAGAGAGUAGGCUAGAGAGAUAGAAAGAAGAGCUAGUCUAGAGAGAGAUGCGCUCUGAGGAUUCUCUCUCGGCGAUUCCUCCUACUCUCUCUCUCUCUCUCGUGCUCUCGUGCCUUCUCUCUUUUUUCUUUCCUUUGCUCUUCUCUCUCUCUCUCUCUCCUCUCUCUCCUGUUUCUCCUCGCCUUUCGAUCUCCUUCCGCUCCCUCCGUCUCUGACAGCGAAUUUCUGUCUUUGUUUCUUCUCAGGCUGAACUAAGAGGGAAGAAAAGGUUUAAAAAGGGCUAAAUGUAUUUAAACUAUAGAAACUAAUGCAGUACAGCAACAGUUAAGUAAUAAUCACACAUUAUCCUACUGGCCUCUUUAUGACAUUAGGGAAAUAUAGAAGAUGUAUACUUUUUAAAAGACUGUCCAUUAUAUUGUUGCUUCAUGUCGAUCUCAGGUGUGUUUGAAGACAGUUUGUUACUCGUUAGUUAAUAUGCACAUACACGACACGUACACGACCAAUACAUGACACGGCGGUGUCAUCAAGUGCCUCAGGAGAACCAGCCAAAACUAGAUGGAUGAUGACCAUGCAUCACCAUAGUAACACACUAAUUAAAUUUUACUAUGAAAAUGGAAAAACAUUAUUUAAGGAAUCCUAGUAGUGUUUCAAAAACAACAACAAUAGGACAACAACGACAACAGAACAACGACGACAACAACAGGACAACAACAACAGAACAACGACAACAACAACAGGACAACAACAGAACAACAACAACAGGACAACAACAGAACAACAACAACAGGACAACAACAGAACAACGACAACAACAACAGGACAACUGUUUCAGAUAGACAAGCCCAUGUCCUCUGGAUGUUGUUGCCAUAAUGAUGAAAUUAAAUGAAUUCAAUAACAGAAGUUUAAAGGAUUGAAAGGGUUUCAGUGAACAUUAGCCUUUUGAAUCUGCAGUCAGUCUGCAGGACUGUGAUGUGCAUAAGACAGUGAAGACGAGCCCCUUUAGAAAUGUGAACAGAUGAAACCAGGACUUUAUAGGGCAGAGAAACCCCAAACUAUGCUAGACAACCCAUUUUGUAACGAGUUCAAUGUUCAACGAGGAUUUUGCAUGUAUGACACUUCAGAUUUCAUUCUGUCAGUUUUUUGUAGAACAAAAAGUGUGAAGUAUGUCUUUUAAAAUGUGUUGUUCAUGUAGGAUAUGUGUUUCCUUCUACUACUUUGGUCUGUUUUGUUAGUAUGGUCAGUGGUGAUAUUUUAGGGGGACUUGGUAGUUGCUGCUAGCUGGGUGAACUGUAAACUAGGAACUAUGUGAAAGAAUACUUUAUAUGAACAACACACAUGAUAUGGGUCUUUAAUACAACCCUAUGAGAUCUCUUUAUUGUAUUUUUUUUUUUUGUUGCAGAUUUUCUUUGUGUUGGUGCCUAUUGAAUUUAGUUAGUCUCUCUCUCUUUAGAAGUGGCCCAGUAUAUAUGACAACAUUACCUUAACGUGUGGAUGUUUCUCUACAGAUAUAACUUUUAUAUCAUAUAAUAUUUUAGGAGCGGGUAUGGUGUGAUGAUAUUAUAUAGUCCGUCUGUUUUAAAAACUGAAGUCGUCUACCUUUUUAGAAUGCAGCCCUGCCAUGAUGAACUGUAUUUGAAUAUUGUACUACAUCCACUGAUACAUCAACAUGGAUACUAGUGUGUAUAUAUUUCUAUCAGUGUUUUGAGAAAUGUUUUCACAAGAUGGGAGUGUGUCUACCGACGGACUGUACGGCUUUCCCCCUUUUACCCCAUGGAACCACUACAUCCUCUGUGUGUACAGACUUCCAAUAGGCUGAACCGGAUCAAUAUAACGCCUUCUCCUUCCUGUCAAUCAAAUGACUCUCAUCCACUUCUGUGACUCCUGGUCAAUAUUGUACCAUUAUAGAAUUGACAAUUGUUAAAAUAUAGUUUCAAUUACAAAUACGUGGUCAGUGUUUCUUCUUUCUCCCAUGCAUUUCAACAAGGCACUAAAGCAUAUUGUAUACACGCUGACAAAUUGUGACGCUAGCCUGAUCCCAGAUCUGUUUGCGUUGUCUUGCCAACUAUGGUAGUUGCCAUGGUUAGCUUGGCAGUGACACCGACCAUAGGAGUUGGCAAGACAACGCAAACGGAUCAACUCUGCAGAGGACAAGGCUGCAAUCUAACCAGCUUGUGUAUGGUUCUCCAACUCUGGUCUUAGUGAGCUACUGCUGGGAUAGAACAAAAGCCUGCACAGUGCACACCCAGUAGCUCUCCAGGAAACAGAAACCUGCGCUAGUGUCCACAGCAUCUGUCUGUAACACAGCUUGGUACCGCUGUUACUGUUACUCAGUGAGCGUACAGUACUGUUUGUAGUUGUUUUUAGUUAUGCAGCAGAGUCUAACCCCCUACCAUCUCCCAGCAGACACUAUUUAUUAAACAUGACACUGUUUGCUGAUCACCUAUAACCUUCAUUGUUUUUUGUAACUGGCAAAUUGUUUCACUGACUGCUUCUAAGCCCUAUAUUAGUCUUAACUGGGACUGUUUACGAAUACUCUCCUAUACAACCUCCUCAUUAGUAUUACUGUUUUAAAACUGAUUUCGACUGCCUUCUAUAACUCCUCUAGUCUCUGGAUGGAACUGUUUCAUACUUGCUCCUAUCAACCCUCAUAUCAUGUACUGUAGUGGAAUGUUUCACUGCUUGCGUCCUAAACGUCUUCCAAUGAGUGUAUGUACUGGACACUAGUUCACGGUUUCCUUCCUUAACACACAUCCUCAUUAGUAUUAAUAGGCUGAACCGGUUUAACGCCUUCCCCUUUCCUCAACAACCCCCUCAGUCAUGUACUGGACACUGUUUCACUGACUGCUCAUAUGCAAACCAUAUAGUCUUAGUAUUGGACACUGUUUACAUUACUGACUCUAGAUCCCUCUUUAUACUUUACAGGACACGUUUCAAACUGAUGUCACCUAUCAACUUGUCAGUCUGCUGGCACUUGGUUUUGCCAACUAUGGUCGUUCAACCCCCUCAUUAGUCUUAUGUACUGGACAUGUUCAGGACUGCCCUAUCAACCUCCAUAAGUCUUGUAGACACAUGUUCCACUGCUGCCUCAUGUCCUCUAAGUCUAGUCUGGACACUGUUGACUAGACAAGCCUCCAAUCAACCCCCCAUAGUCUUUACGGACACGUUCAAGAGCCUCCUAUCAACUCCUCAUUAGUCUAUGUACUGCGACCGUUUCAUGACUGCCUCCUAUCAACCCUCAUAGUCUUAGUACGGACCUGUUUCACUGACUGCCUCCUAUCAAUCUCUUUAGUCUUAUGUACUGGACACUGUUUCACUGACUGCCUCCUAUCAACCUCCUCAUUAGUCUUAUGUACUGGACCCUGUUUCACUGACUGCCUCCUAUCAACCUCCUCAUUAGUCUUAUGUACUGGACACUGUUUCACUGACUGCUUCAUGUAUCAACCUCCUUUAGUGCUAGUACUCACCUGUUCAUUAGACUGCCUCCUGACACUGUCUCAUUGCUCUAUGUAUGACAUCGUUGUCUACUGACUGCCUCCUACGUUCCUCAUGAGUCUUAUAACUGGACACGUUAUUGAUCUCCUACUGACCCAUAGUCUAGACUGGACACUGCUUCACUCGCAUGUCUAUCAACCUCACGCUGUCUACUACCUGACACUGUUUACUGAUGCCUCGAUCACCUCCUAUUAGUCUAUGAACUCCACUGUUUCAUGACUGGCCACUUCAACUCCUCAUAACUCUAUAUACUGGAUGUUGAUAUGAGGUGAGGAUAGAGACUGUGGGAGUUUGGACUGAACUCUGUGCUACCAGGGAUGCUUCUCAACACGUUUACAGUAGCUUCCUCUCCCACUUUUUCUAUCCUCCCCCUUGUCUCUCUCCAGGCUUCACUUUCACCCAUCCAGUUCUUUCACAGACUGAUACAGGUAGAGGAGGAGAGGAUCCUUCAGGUAGAGGAGGAGAGGAUCCUUCAGGUAGAGGAGGAGAGGAUCCUUCAGGUAGAGGAGGAGAGGAUCCUUCAGGUAGAGGAAGAGAGGAUCCAUCAUGUUGAGGAUCCAUCAGGUAGAGGAGAGGAUCCUUCAGGUAGAGGAGGAGAACUCCAUCAGGUUAGAGGAGGAUAGGAUCCAUCAGGUUGAGGAGGAACAGAUCCUUCAGGUAGAGGAGGAGCGGAUCCAUCAUGUAGAGGAUCCAUCAGGUAGAGGAGAGGAUCCUUCAGGUAGAGGAGGAGAACUCCAUCGAGGUAGAGGAUCCAUCAGGUAGAGGAGGAGAGGAUCCAUCAGGUAGAGGAGGAGAGGCUCCAUCAGGUAGAGGAGGAGAGGAUCCAUCAGGUAGAGGAUCCUUCAAGUAGAGGAGGAAAGAGAGGAUCCAUCAGGUAGAGGAGGAACAGAUCCAUCAGGUAGAGGAUCCAUCAGGUAGAGGAGGAGAGAUCCAUCAGGUAGAGGAUCCUUCAGGUAGAGGAGGAGAGGAUCCAUCAGGUAGAGGAUCAAUCAGGUAGAGGAGGAGAGGAUCCAUCAGGGAGAGGAUCAAUCAGGUAGAGGAGGAGAGGAUCCAUCAGGUAGAGGAUCAACAGGUAGAGGAGGAGAGGAUCCAUCAGGUAGAGGAUCCAUCAGGUAGAGGAGGAGAGGAUCCAUCAGGUAGAGGAUCCAUCAGGUAGAGGAGGAGAGGAUCCAUCAGGGAGAGGAUCCAUCAGGUAGAGGAGGAGAGGAUCCAUCAGGGAGAGGAUCCAUCAGGUAGAGGAGGAGAGGAUCCAUCAGGGAGAGGAGGAGAGGAUCCAUCAGGUAGAGGAGGAGAGGAUCCAUCAGGGAGAGGAUCCAUCAGGGAGAGGAGGAGAGGAUCCAUCAGGGAGAGGAUCAUCAGGUAGAGGAGGAGAGGAUCCAUCAGGGAGAGGAUCCAUCAGGUAGAGGAGGAGAGGAUCCAUCAGGGAGAGGAGGAGAGGAUCCAUCGGAGAGGAUCCAUCUGGGAGGACGGGAUCCAUCUGAGUAAUCCCUCGGAAGUCUCAUCGUGGGAAAGGAUAUCAGGUGAAGGAAUCCAUCAGGGAAGAGGUAGAUCCAUCAGGGCAGACGUGAUCCACUCACGCCGUAGGAUCCACUCUAUGGGGAGGAGAGAGUGAUCUAUUGUGGAAGAUCAUCAGACGUUGAGGAGAGAUCCAUCAGGGAGGAUCCUCGAAAAGAUCAUCAGAGAUCCUCAAGAGAGGAUCCAUCAGGGAGAGGUCCAUUCGGUGAGUGAUCCAUCAGGAGAGAGGAUGUAGAUACCAUCAGAGAGAGACUCCAUCAGAUGGCAUCCAAUCGACGAGGAAGGAAGGAAUCAUCAGGGAUGUGAUCCAUCAGGUGAGAAAGGAAAUGGAUCCAUCAGGACAGGAUCCAUCGUGCAGAGGAGAGGAUCCAUCAGUGAGUUAGUGAUCCAUCAGGGAUGAGAGGAGAGGAUCAUCAGGAGAGGAUCCAUCAGGGAGAGGAUCCAUCAGGGAGAGGAUCCAUCAGGGAGAGGAGGAGAGGAUCCAUCAGGGAGAGGAUCCAUCAGGUAGAGGAGGAGAGGUUCCAUCAGGGAGAGGAUCCAUCAGGUAGAGGAGGAGAGGAUCCAUCAGGGAGAGGAGGAGAGGAUCCAUCAGGGAGAGGAUCCAUCAGGUAGAGGAGGAGAGGAUCCAUCAGGGAGAGGAGGAGAGGAUCCAUCAGGGAGAGGAUCCAUCAGGGAGAGGAGGAGAGGAUCCAUCAGGGAGAGGAUCCAUCAGGGAGAGGAGGAGAGGAUCCAUGUUAGACUACUGGGACGCGGCUCCUAG